AUGCCGCUUCUCAAGCGCAAGCCGGUGCACAUGCACCCCCUCCCAUCCCUAUCCGCCAUCGUGCAGCCCAUAAACGCGACCCAUGCAGAGUCACUCAACGCGUCCGCACCGGGAUCGGAGACUCACGACCAGCACCUCAAGGACUCCAACGACGACGAGACGCAGCUCGACAAGCUUAUGUCAGUCCUUCAAGACCCAACACUUUCCGCACCCAUCCCAAAGAACCCGCGCGCAAGCCUGCAGGCCAACGGCGCACCGAAUGGUGCCGGGCAACCUCCACCAGCGCAUGGUGGGCCAGUCCCGGGAUACCGCGUCAAGAAUGUCGACUGCUUCUACCUCCCAGAGACAGGCGAGAUCUUCUUGGAUUACGAGACGUAUGCACAGCGGCGCGCAUUCUACGACCAGCAGGUAUUCCAGUGUGAAGUAACCGGCAAGUCGGCGCUGUCGUACUUUGACGCGCUGUACAAUGAGCAGCGCGAGGUCAAGCAGCUCCAUGCGCGCUUCCCGCGACCGUUGAAGAAGGCCGUCUUACAGUCGGUCCACUUCCAGGUCGAGGGCAAGCUCGACACGCUGGCCGACAAGGUCCACGACCGCUUCCUGAACCGCUUCUUUGAUGAUGAGAAGGUCUUUGUCGAUGUCCAGGGCGACAAGUACCUCGCGCGUGUCGUCAAGACAUUCCCGCCAAAGGACUUGAAACCCCCACCGGGCGGCUCCCCGUUCCACCCGUACGCCAUGGACCUCAACAUGGAGCCAGAGGACGUGACUGAGGUCGACGACCCUAUGAAAUACUUCUACCAGGUUCGCCUGAUUGAAGAGGGUGGUGAGGGCGAGCACGCCGACAGCCCACAAGAGAAGGAGGGUGACGAAAAGUGGGGCGGCAGUGUGAUGGAGGUGCAGGCGGACAAGAUUUCGCGUGAUCGCAUCAACUACUCGCGCGCAAUGCUCAAGCGCUUUAUUCGCGACUGCGUGAGCCGCGACGCUGCCAUCUACUCGCCGUGGAUUGUGAAGAAACCCAUCGCAUUAAAGUACGGGCUUCCCACCGAGAUGACGGACGAGCUUCGAGCGGCGAUUAUCGCACACCGUGAAGCCCAGAUGGACCGGCGAAAGCGCGACCGCGAGGAACGACUAGGCAUCACACACGACGACGAGGACACCGAGUCAGAGCAGCCGGCCAAGAAGAAGCGCUCCAGCAAGGGCCUCAGCAAGGAGGACCGCGAGCGCAUCAAGCAGGAGGAGAAGGAGGCUGAGGCGAAGGAGCAGGAGGAGGUCAAGAAGAAGGUGUCGCGCGGCAUCAAGUAUCCCAUUGAGGACUUCCUCUUGGAGUACCAGGAGAAGGACAAGCAGGCAGGCCGGAUCGAGGUCAAACCCGUGCCAAACCGUGACCUGCCGUUUGGCGAGCACUUUGAAAAGUUCCUCAUGGUGUGGAGUUUCAUGAACGUCAUGGGCAAGCCGCUCGGGCUCUCGUCAUUCACAAUAGACGAUUUUGAACAGUCACUCUACCAUAAUGACCAGUGGACGACCGCCCCACCACUACUCGUCGAGAUCCACUCGGUGCUCCUCAAGGCACUCGCUAACGACCUCAAAGCCGGCAACGAGCCAGUACUCCCCUUGCAGUACACGGGUAUCGUGCCGGAGAACGACAUCGACUACUGGGAGGGCACCAAGGGCGCGACGGCUGAGACUCUGCGGCCAGUAGUCGGGCCCAUGGCCGAGUCGUGGGCCAAGAAGGACCUGUUGUUCCGGGACGGCCGCAAGGGGUGGGAGCAGGUGCUCAUCGGUUGUUUGUGGGAACGCGCGACGCUCGAGUCAUUCCCAAGCUAUCUCGACCUCGUCCUGUUCCUCACGUUCGAGAACAAGCCCGCGCCUACGCGACCAACAUGGUCCACUGGCCCGACCCAGAACACGGCCUCUGGCCUGAUACCCGCCAAGGUGGAGAAGCGAUACAACCAAAUGCACUUUACGCAGAAGCUAGACAUCAUCGACUUCCUCAUUGAGCUCGUGGCGCAGACGGGGGUCGUGCGCGACUUUAUGGAGGACGCGACGGCGGAGCUCACUGAGGUCCGCAAGAAGCAGCAGGAGGCGCGCCGCGACUAUAAGCGGGUGCAGGCGGAGCGGGAAGCGCUGGAGCCCAAGGACGAGAAGAAGGACGACGAGGACGGCGAGGCCGGCGAGGCCAAGGACGAGCCGUCCGAGAGUCGGCUUGCGUCGCCGAAUGGGCUUGUGAACGGCACCGCGACGAACACGGAGCACGACGAGCUCGACUCGGCAGCAGGCGACGAUAGCCCAUCGCGCAUCUCCUCCCCCAUGCCAGAGCGGGUAAACACAGCUGCGUCGCGGCGGCGGGCUAUGCGGGAGCGUGCAGCUGAACGCGAGGCCGAGGAGGCGAUGAAAGCCGCGGCCGCCGCCAAGGAACGACAAGAAGUCAAGGCUGCGCGCGCAGAGGCGCGACAACUCGCUACGGACCGCAAGCGGCUCGAGGACGAGGAAGCCGCUCUCAAGAUUAAACUGCACGAGAUUGAGCGUGACUUCCGGCGGCAUCUGUACACGCUACGCGCGCGUCCACUCGGCGUGGACCGGUAUCAUAACCGCGUCUGGUGGCUCGACGGGCUUGGCAGCGCGCCCCUCUUAAAUGACGGCAAGAUCGUAUGGGGCACGGGCCGGCUGUACAUUCAAGGCGCGGAGGACUUGGACAUUGAGCUGAGUCGCCGUGCGCUGCCACACGCAACUCAGGGGCUUGGUGUUGAGAAAUCUGCGGCCGAGAUCGCGGACAAGCGCGCAAAAGAGGAGGGCGAGGCCAAGCUGGCUCCAGGCGAGUGGGCUGUCUACGAUACGCCGGAACAGUUGCACGAGUUGUUCAACUGGCUCAAUCCGCGAGGAAGGCGAGAACUAGACUUGCAUCGUACGCUCAAGAUGUGGUGGACCGAACUUGAGGGCGGGUUCCACCGCCGCUGUAUCCAGAUGGGCCUCGAGGCCGCCACGGAGGAGCCUAUGCAACGACGCACACGCCGCAUCGCGGGGGAGGAGGACAGGGAGGGGUACAUGAGUUGGAGGAACAAACGCGCCACGGGCAAGUAA